ACCUCACCGUCCUAACUCCCAUGUUCAUUGUCGGUCCAUACACCAAAUUGCGCCUCACUACCUUUGCUAUGUCUUGCAGAUGAUCUUGUCCUCACGUGUUCUUUUCGAUCUCGUCAUGGACGCUGCUCUUCUAAUCGCAGUAAACGAAACUUGCCCCCGGCCGCAGAUAUUGGAGCACUUGGCCAGGGUUGAACGAAGCUGGAAAAUUUUCCAGAACAAGGUCGACUUCAUCAAGCUCUUGAGCAACAAACAUCAAUCGCUACAUUCGUCAAGGGUGAGUCAGCAUGGAUCAUCCAAUGUUGUAUCGCGUCGGGCAUGGUGGUCGAGUCGUCGCUCAUCGUUCCGAUAUGCAACUGAAAUCCGACAUCGACGCUGUCAACGAAAUCAUUGCAAAGCAUCUAUAUAUCCCAGUCCACGACUUUGCUUCCGAUCCCUGUCUCAUCGUUGUCCGUUCCUUCGACGUCAACAAGCCCGGUGCAGAGGUCGAUGAGCUCAAAGGCAGUGUCGCCAGUGAUUCUGUCCUUAUAGA